ACGAAGCCAAGUACCCAGAAGUGGACAUGGCAGUAAUGAUACAGGUGAAAAGCAUGGCGGACAGCGGCGCAUACGUUUCACUUCUCGAGUACAACAACAUAGAAGGAAUGAUCCUUUUUUCUGAACUCUCUCGCCGUCGAAUUCGGAGUAUUAGCAGUCUUAUCAAAGUCGGCCGUAUCGAACCGGUUAUGGUUCUUAGGGUUGAUAAAGAGAAAGGAUAUAUUGAUCUGAGUAAACGAAGGGUUUCUGAAGAAGACAUAUCGGCUUGUGAGGAGAGGUAUAAUAAGAGUAAGCUUGUUCAUUCAAUCAUGCGUCACGUUGCUGAAACCAUGGGAAUUGAUCUGGAGGACCUGUACAUUCAUGUUGGUUGGCCUUUAUACAGAAAAUAUGGUCAUGCUUUUGAGGCAUUCAAAUUGGUUGUCAGUGAUCCAGAUUCAAUUCUUAAUUCCCUCACCCGUGAAGUUAAAGAAAUUGGCCCCGAUGGGAAGGAGGUAACUAAGGUUGCUCCUGCUCUAUCUGAGGAAGUUAAAGAUGCAUUAGUCAAGAAUAUUCGGAGGAGAAUGACUCCACAGCCUUUGAAGAUUCGAGCAGAUAUUGAGAUGAAAUGUUUUCAGUUUGACGGUGUUCUUCACAUCAAGGAAGCUAUGCGUAAAGCAGAAGCUGCAGGUAAUGAUGAUUGCCCAGUUAAAAUUAAACUUGUUGCUCCUCCAGCAUACGUGCUCAAUACUCAGACUCUUGACAAGGAGCAAGGCAUAGCAAUCCUUACGAAAGCAAUUGCAGCUUGCACCGAGGAAAUAGAGCGUCACAAAGGAAAACUUGCUGUCAAGGAGGCUCCUAGAGCGGUGAGUGAACGGGAAGACAAAUUACUUGCUGAGCAGAUGGCUAAACUCGGUCGUGAAAAUGAGGAGAUCAGUGGUGAUGAAGAUAGUGAAGAGGAGGAAGAUACAGGGAUGGGAGAAAUUGACGUGGAUUCAGGAGCUGGAAUUAGAGAGUAAAAAUGCCACAGCUUGUAUGGACUUGGAAAGCACAUUGUUCACGGAUACAGCUCCUACGGAACCUACCCCUCAUCCUUUUUCUUGUCCCUUUGUAGCCUUUUUCCUUACUUUUGGCCAUUUUCCUUGAUGAGCAUUUUAGUUUUUACAUAAAAUCAAUCCUGAUAUUGAAGUUUGUGCGGCUAUUUGGCAAUUCCAAACUUUUUUGAUAUAUUUUGCAAUGAGAUUGAACAGCCCAAUACAAUGUUAA